AUGAGCUAUGGGGAAAACAUCAAAAUAUUUGUCAGGGCAAUCAAGAUAUCAAAGGAUAAAGUAAAGAGCAAUUUCAUCCAGGAAAACAGAAACGGCUGGCUACUUCCUCUUUUGAUAAUUUCUCUUCCAGUACAGUGGCAGGUUAUCGGUUACUCCUUGCCCCAGAAGUCUGAGCCCCUGAAUUCCGCUACUGAACCUCCAGAGACGCCAGCUCGGGCAGGAAAGCGAGACGCAAACUUACCCAAACCUGUGCACCAAGGUCUUACCGGGAGAGCAGCCCUGCGGGGACAGACUGGCAAGUCCAGCGGCAGCUGCACCGCGGCCGGAGCCCGGCGCCACUCCGGGCGCCGCCGCCACGUCAAGUCCUCGCGGGUCGCUGACGCCCCGACUGCUCACCUUCAGCUCCCUCGCCCCUUCAGCCCAGGAGUAGAGGAAGCAGCGUCCCCCGGACCUGUCCUCCGCUCCGCCUCAGAACCGCGGAGCAGUCAAAACCCGCCGGGCCCGCCCCGCUCGGACGGCGCGCGCCCGCGCACGCAGACACACGCACCCCGAGCCGCGCGCACGCGCCUGAGGGAGCGGCCCCGCCCCGCCCCGCCCCGCCCCUGGCGCGGCCGAGCCCGGGGCGCGCCCCUUCCGGAGGACCGUGGGCCGAGGACCCGGCGGCAGCGCGCUGCAAGUGGCGCCCCUGCCCGCUCCCCGCGCCCUCGCUGCCGGGCGGGCGGCCCCGCGGUCCUCGGGUGUGCGGCGUUCACGGAGAGAAGGACUGCGUCCAGGUGCGGCGGCCUGAGGAACUAG